CACACCCACCCACACACACACACUCACACAGACACACACUCAGCUCCCACUGAACAGCAGCGGACACACUCAGACCCAGUGGAAGUGUUGUUGUUUUUGUGCUGGAGCUUCUGACUCUGCAGACACAGACAUGUUACCAAAGACUCGUCUGGGGAAACGUUCUCCGCUCGGUGCGUUGGUGAGCUCCACCUGCCCGGUGGCAGGAACUCACCCGAACCUGGAGACAGGUGAGACCGGCCUCACCGGGGCAACAGCAGCAGGACACCAGGCCUUUAGCAGAGUCAAAGGUCAUCAUGGACUGAAGGUGUAUUUUCAGUGUGGGAGAGGAGGCGAAUCUCCGGGCACGGUGGAUCAGCUGGACUUCAUGCAGAGUGACGUUUCUGUUUGGUCUUCAUCUCAUCCCUCCUCCUCUUCCUCCUCCUCAGUGCCUCCGUCCAGCAGCAGAUCUGUCUCCUCCUGCAUCGACGUCCCCAGGAGUCAGAGGAGUCCACAGGAGGUGGACAUGGACGAAUUGAUGGCAGCGAUGGUCCUCAGCAGUUUGUCCUGCAGCCCUCUGCUGCACAGCUCUGCAAACCCAGAGCCAUCAGCUCCUCUGAUGGACUGUGGAGGCGGCGAGCUCUCUGACAGCGGCAGCAGCGGCUACUGGAGCGUCGGCCACGCCAACGGAAGCCCGGCCCCCUCUCCGCCAAUGGCAGAGGCCGACGUCAGUCUGGCCACGCCCCCCGACGAAGGGUUGGACAUGGAGCUGGAGCAGGUGUGUGAGGAGCCGGCGCCGCGGAAACGCAGGAACUCAGUGAAGGUGGCCUACAGGUGUCUGUGGCCCACCUGUGGGAAGGUGCUGACGACAGUGGUGGGAAUCAAACGUCACAUCAGGACAACGCACCUGUGCCGUGGCAGCGAACACGAGCGAUGCUCGCGCAGUGAGGAGGAUUUUUACUACACUGAGAUCACCAGCGGGACCAUCAGCACCAGCAUCAGUCUCCCCCACACCCCCCCCCUCUGUGGCCCUGCCCCCUCCUCCCCCAUCUCCUCCUCCCCCAGCCCUCCCCCUCCCUCCCCUCCAUCUCCCCCCUCCCCAACCUGUGGUGCUCUGAGUCGCUCUGCCCCUUCCUUCUCUGGCACCUUCCAGCAGGUCCAAUCAGAGCACUCCUACCAGGCUUCGCCUCCCAACCAUGUGAUCUCAGCAGCCGCUUCCAGCACAGCUUCCAGUCGUUGGACGGCCCCGCCCACCACCUGCCACAGCAGACAGGGUUUGUCAUUUCGGGUGCGUUCGGUCAGUGUGGGAGAGCAGUGGCUGCAGCACCAGGGCGCCCCCUGCAGGAGGAUCCGUGGUGAAGCCAAGAAGUGUCGUAAAGUGUACGGCAUCGAGCACAGGGAUCAGUGGUGCACGGCCUGUCGCUGGAAGAAAGCCUGCCAACGCUUCCUGGACUGACCGGAGACGGACUGGUUCUGAGGAGCCGACGUCGCCUGGUGGAGGUUUUUUACUUUUCUACGUCUGAAACCAGAAAUAUUUUUUCCCAUUUUUAUACUUUUUCUACGUUUGCUAGAAACGUCUCGUUUAUUUUGAAUGUGUAUUUUGUAGCUGUGUCCUGUCAGUGCUUUGUGAUGAAAUGAUUUGGGGCAGCUAUGAUGUGACCUUUGACCCUGUGGAGUGAGUUCUCGAGGCCGACUCUCCUCAGGUUAUCUUAAGAGAACCAGCAGGUCAGAUCAGUCUGAGUGACUGACCAGUAACAAACCUCCAGCUGGUCCAGUCCUGACUGUGGACUCGCUCAGAGAUCGAACCUGUGAGGAGAAUUUUUUCAUGUGUUCAGCUUCAUGGAUCAAAUCCUGGAUUAAGAGUCAAGUUCAAAAGAGCACAGAGCAACGUAACUGUUCUACAGCUGUUUGUAUCUGAGCAGCUGUUCCCUCUAAGCAACGGCAGGGAGUCAGUUCCCCGUUCAUUCAUGACAAAGAUCGUUACUCACAGACGUUGUUAUCAUACAGAAGUUGUUGUUGUUGUUGGGACAUCAGAGACAAGGUCUUAAAGAGUCCCACUGGUGCUACACAGGCCCCUGGACCCAUCUGCAGUUUGUACAUUAAGAACUGACUCAGGAUCAGCUUCAGUCCCGACACACAAAUCAUCAGGCACAGUCUCAGGCUUCAGGCUGAGCCUUCUGAGCAACGUCAAACCUCUGCACACAUUUUCUGCUCAUUUUCUGAAGCGACACGAAAUCAUCUUUACUUUCCUGCAGUCAGUCACGUUUGCCUCCUCCUGUGUGACACUACUUCACCCCCUAUCUAACAUUUAUAAGGAGAAUAUAAACAGUUAAUAGCUGCUUAAUAACAGAGUAUCUUCGGCUGUAAUCAGAUCGAAGUGUUUACUAAUGUAUUUGUUAAUAACAGACUCCUGUGGACGAACAUCAGUGGAGGCUGCUUUAUAAACAGGUCAUGGAUACAGAUACUGUACAUUAAUACUCAAACACUCCACGUGCUGCUGGUUAGAAAUGUUCAGUGAGGGGGUUAAAGAAGCACAAACCCCUGUCAGGUGAAUAAGCGGGCUCACCUCAGUGGGCUGUAUCCUGACAGGUCUCUGUGGUGCUUUCAGGUGCAGCUUUAAUACGUUGGAUCAGUCGGCCUUUGGGUUCUGAGUUGGUGCUGGUGUGUCAGGACCUUUAAAACAGCUCCACACAUCCUCAACUUUAAAGCCGUCGAUCAUUUCAUCACGUCAGGUGUCAGAGUCCUCAGAUCUCUCCUGUCGUUACCUCCUCAGCAUCUUCCUCCCUCCUUCCUUCCUCUUUUCAUUUGCCUUCAGUUAACAUGUUUUUCGUUUGGAAGCAGAAGCCAUGUUCCCUCCUCUCUGAUGAAACCACAUGCAGUAUUGAUCAAGACGUCUGUUUAAUUACAAAUAGAAAGACACAAAAACACAGUUUCACACUGAAAUAUAUAUAUAACUUCAUCAUAUCUGCCUUUCUCUGGUGUAUAUAAACAGAUAUAUACUGGUUCCAUGUAUCCGAUGGUGUCUCUUCCUGAAGCUUUUAAAAAGCAGAAACAGGUUUGUUUGCAGUAAACUGAGUCAAAAUCCUGUAUUUAUAUUCUAAAUGUCUUGUUAACGAGCAAGAAACGUAAAUGUUGAUCAUUGUAUUCGUAUCAUUUUUAAGAUGAACUCUUUUAUACAUGUGAGAUCCCGAUGUUUUAAUAAAGUGGAGAAGCCAGUAA